GAAACACUUAUUUGCAACAAUUAUUUUUAUAUUUAAAGAGUGAAAGGAAGACCAAAGAAAAGGUUGAUGGAUGUUGUGAGGGAGGACAUGAGAACAGUGGGUGUUAGAGAGGAAGAUGCACAAGAUGGGCUUCGAUGUGAAAAAAAUGACACAUUGUGGCGACCCCUAACGAAAAAGACGAAAGAAAAAGAAGAAGAUUUGUAUAUUUAAAGAGAUGAAAAUGGGGGAGGUAAUCACCACCACUUGGAAAAUUUUAGAUUUGCAUUCACAGAGCUAAAAUCGUUUUGAUAAAAAGAAAAACGAGGAUGAGGUGGGUACAGAUGAACCAUGUGGAUCCAUGUGCUAAGGCGAAAUAAAAAGUCUGCUGACAUCUGCUGUCGUGCAGGUAAAAAUAGUUUGUUUUCCGGUGCUGAUGAGCGUAUUCAGUUUGGUUCCAUCUUGUCUGCAUGUGACAUACGUGGCGUUGUCCUCAAUCCACAGGUUAAAGACUACUUUGCAGUAAAGGCUGAUAAGUGCACCCGCCUACUUGUAUCUCGACAUUGCUUCGGUUUCGCCCUCAGGCUCACACAGGCGGCUAAUAACGGAAUCCACCUUUAAUGUUAGCUCCUCCUUAACCUAAUUCAAGCCUUUUUAAUCGACGCAACCCCGUAUCGGGACAUUUUGCUCCAUCUGGACACCAUGAGGACUCUCGUGCCGAUGGUUGUUGUUUUGUCGCUGGUCUUGGUUCUCCUGUGCAGCACGCAGGUGGAUUCAUUGCCUGUGGCUGAAGACUGGACCGGCUUGGUCCAGCGGACCAAGAGGUCUCUGCUGUGGCGCUGGAACAGCAUGAAGCCGGUGGGUGGCAGCUGCAGGGAACACAUGGAGUGUGGCACCAAUUACUGCAGGAAAAACAUUUGCUCUUUCUGGAAAUUCACCUGAAGAAAGCAAACGAUUCCAUCGGGGAGAGUGUCGGCACAACAAGCUGCUUCUUCACGGAUCAAAUCGAGCCAAAAGGCAAAGGACAAACAAGUUGCAUAACUGAAAUGUUGUGAUCAAAAUGAAGAUUUGGUGACUUGACUCUUUGUUUAUGAUUAGAUUACUUUGAGUAAUCUGAUUAGCCUGCACGGCUACAAAACAAAGCUGUAAAAAUGUGACCCUAAAGUGUAUCAAUUUAUUGGUUGAAUACACACACCCAUGCAAUUUUUAUAAGAGCUGUCCUUUAAAAUAUUUAUAUGUAAAUACUUACAGUAAGCAAUGUCCACAGAGUACUGUAAUUGAAUUUUAACGCAUUUUGUAAAGAUUUUCACACAUUUAAGUCAAAUGUAUUCAAAGUAGGCUAAAAUCCAUGAUUUGGAAUUUUGAUCUUAAAUAAUCGUACAUGUGCUGAUUAUCAAAUGUGGUAAAUAUAAAAAAAAGAUGUCAUGCUGUGGUACACUUAACAUGAUCUCAUGUGAUCAAAUACAAGCUAAUAAAAUAAUAAUGAAUAGGCAUGGCCAUUUAAAUUCACACCCUUUUCCGAAAUAUUAAUAGGAGUUUUAAUUGAAAUAUGGUGCUUAUUACACUAUUGUUUUUGUAUUUUUGAAAUCUCAUGCUAUGACAUUGUGCAAGUGUAUGCAAUGGUGUGUCCAUUAUGGAACUCCCACAAAUGCAGUUUCUUGCCGCUAGAGAGCAGGCUUGUCCAUCCAUUCUCUGAGCUAGGGAAUGUCUAUGAACACAACAACGAUGUUAAACCUGUGUA